AUGAUCAUCAUAACAUGCAUCUGUAUCCUCCUUAUCAUUCAGUACGGCCGCCACCACCUCCUCCGCCUGGCUGCCCACCUCUUUAUCCUGUGCAACAACCCUAUCCUCUACCACCGCCGCCGCCGCCCGGAUACCCCUAUCCUGUGCAACAACCCUAUCAUCCACCACCUCCGCCGCCGCCGCCAGGAUACCCCUACCCUGUGCAACCUCCUUACCCUUAUCCGCUUUACCCUGAACCACCUCCAGAAGCGGACCGUCCGCCACCUACCAGACCUGAUCGAUGCCCCUGUCACAGAUCCUUCUUAUGGAAAGUGA